AUGGGCGGUGCUGCUUCAGUGGAAGGAGGAGUCACAAUUGGAGGUCGAGCAGGUUUUGGAAAUCUUGAAAUGGCAAUCAAAGAUAGCGAUGGUGUAAUUAUACCAUCACAUGUCGCUCAGCUGGAAACGGGAACAGCCAAAUUCUUGGUGACAUUCAACCCGACAUCGGUUGGAAUGCACACAGUUAAUAUCACUUUCAAUAAAGAAGUCCUCAAAAAUAGCGAUGGUGUAAUUAUACCAUCACAUGUCGCUCAACUGGAAACGGGAACAGCCAAAUUCUUGGUGACAUUCAACCCGACAUCUGUUGGAAUGCACACAGUUAAUAUCACUUUCAAUAAAGAAGUCCUCAAAAAAGAAAUAAAAUCCGUUGGAACUCUCGAUACAAAAACUGACUAUUUGGAUGACCUCCGAAAGCGAGCGUAUUUCACAGAGUCGAAGAGUGAAGACAAUAAAGGCCUAAUGAUAUAA